CGCGCUCUUGUGGGCGUAAAGGAGCCGGGAAGAGGAAGGAAACGCGCACAAACCACUGGCUCAGGUGCAAUACAACAAUCCCUGCAGCCUGAUCAGACAGUACAGGAAAAAGAUUAGAUUAUAGCAGAUAUCCUUUUGACUUUGCAGGGGUGGAGCUACGUUAAUCUGGGCAGCACGUGGACGGUGCGCGGCGGGCGAGGCGCUCCAGUGUGUGGCGCGAGGAGAGCGAGAGAGAGAGAGAGAAACAGAGAGAGAGAGAGAGAGAGAGAGAGGAUGCUGAGGAGAGCAGAGUCGGUGGAUAGCUAGUAGGGCGCGUGGAGCACUGUGUCCACCGGUGACGGUGAUAUGCAUGAUACCAUCCACAGAGUAACUCUUUUUAAAUAAUAAUAAUAAUAAUAAUAAUAAUAAUAAUGGACUAACUGGAGUAAGGAAUUCUGCGCGGAAGGAGAAAGCGGAGACGGGAGCGAGAUGAAAGUAACGCACAGACAGAAGAGGAGGAACGCGGGGAAAACGGCUACCGCGCGAGCCACAAGGGACGUCGGGAAUACAGCGGUGCGCUGCCUUUACGCUUAAAAAGACAUCCACUAAGGAUUUCCCAACAAACAAAACAAAGCAAACAAACAAAAAAACAGUCCUGCCUCAGAAUGGAUAACUUGAGUUUUUUCAGCGGGAUGGACUAUGCCAAUGUCACUGGGAAUUUUACCAGUCGCUACACUCUGGCCACUGUCAUAGGACUCGCCGGGUUGGUAAGCUUCAUCAUUUUGUUUACUAUAGUUGGAAAUGUACUGGUGGUGAUCGCGGUGCUGACGAGCAGAGCGCUCAAGCCACCCCAGAAUCUUUUCCUGGUGUCUCUGGCCACUGCAGACAUCCUGGUGGCCACACUCAUCAUGCCUUUCUCUCUGGCAAACGAACUAAUGGGUUACUGGUUCUUUGGGCAAGUCUGGUGUGAUAUCUAUCUCGCACUGGACGUCCUCUUCUGCACAUCGUCCAUUGUUCACCUGUGUGCCAUCAGCCUAGACAGGUACUGGUCAGUAACGCAGGCAGUGGAAUACAACCUGAAGCGCACGCCACGCCGAGUGAAGGCAAUGAUCAUAGUGGUGUGGCUGAUCUCGGCUGUGAUCUCCUUCCCGCCACUCAUCUCCAUGGACCGGAGCAGUGAAGGCGGUGAGCGGGAGCCACAGUGUCAGCUUAAUGACCACACGUGGUACAUCCUGUACUCCAGUAUUGGCUCCUUCUUUGCACCAUGUCUCAUCAUGAUCCUUGUCUAUGUGCGCAUCUACCAGGUGGCCAAAACACGCACUCGGAACAUGUCAGAGAAGCGUCAUGAGCCGGAAGAAGCACCACGCCUUGAAAACAGUCUGAGCCGAGACGACUCCGGCCGGCAGAAUGGUCACUGUGCAUCUCCACCUCAGCCUGUUAAUAAAAAACCUUCCGAGGAUGAACCUGAUGUGGAACUGGAUGACAGCAGCUCCUCAGAUGAGAAGGCCAAGCCGCCACGCCGUGAGUCAGCAGCAGGCCGGAGAGAACGCCGGACCAGCCGCAAGAACAGCUCCAGCUCCAAGCACUCGAGCCGCAAGUCCCGUGCAAGCAGCAAGUCCCUGGACCUGUUCUCCUCCCGCAGGAAGAGAAGGAGCACCAUGUCCAGGAAGAAGAUCUCACAAGCCCGUGAGAAGCGCUUCACCUUUGUCCUGGCUGUGGUCAUGGGUGUGUUUGUGGUCUGCUGGUUCCCGUUUUUCUUCAGCUACAGUCUGUACGGAAUCUGCCGGAAGCCUUGCGAGAUCCCUGACCCUCUCUUCAAGUUCUUCUUCUGGAUUGGCUACUGCAACAGCUCCCUCAACCCUGUUAUCUACACCAUCUUUAACCAGGACUUCCGCAGAGCCUUCCAUAAGAUCCUGUGCAAGUCCCUGAAGAGAUCUUUUUAGAGGAGCAUGAUGGUUGGGUGGUCCUAAGGGCACAAACACCAGGUUCACCUGACAGAAAAGCCAUGGAUGUUUACAAGAAAUACAUUUGUACUGUAUUUUGGCAGCAGCACUAUUCAAACGCCAACUGUCCCUCGGCAUCAACGCCUUGACAAUCUUCCCACAACAUAGAUAUUAAUGAUGAUCUGUUUUAUUGAUUAAAGCACUGAGCUCUGUCAGGACGGCAGCUGUAGUCUGUCAGUUCAUACAGUAGCAAGGUCCUUCAAAAAACGCCCACCUAAAAGCAGCGACACUGUACUGUGUUUGCGGAAACAGACUUAUCUUAAUUACAGCCACAGGCACUUGUGCGUUACUAAGAGACAUAUUUAUGAUCAGUUUGCACAUAUGGCUUUCAUCUUUGGGACUAGAGGGCUAUGUAACAUGAAAGGUCAUUUCCUUUUUAACUGGAGAGAUAUAAUAUGAAAAGGGGAAAUUACGGGACUGCAUAUUGUUUGUUUGUUUGUUUUAUUCAGCAGACAAAAGUGGACAUUGUUUAGUUAGGGAAUAGUAGAGGUUCAGGCCCUACAGAGGGAUAUGAAAGGUAGAUGCGAUGUGUGUUCUCCUGCUAUUGCAAGGCACCUCUGGAGGAAAGAAAAUCCAACAGGGCUUUAAAUUGCGUGCCAUUACCUUAAACUGUCUGCAACUCACAUGCUUUUAAUAAACACUGGAUUGCUGCUGAAGCUCUAUAUGAUAUGAUGCCAUUACUGAAAACCAUACUGAUCACAUAUUUGCAUUGUUACAACAAAGCUGUGUAUGAUUAUAUAUAAGUAUUUAUAAGAUUACUGUUCUUCAUAAUUUGUUUAGGAAUUUCUGAACAACUGAUGCCGUUCCGUGCCCAUGCUUGUUGGUUGUAUCAUAUUGUACUAUGGCACUGUAUAUGACGACACUGUAUGAUAUACAUUACAAAGGGCAAAGCCAUUUUUAUUGUUUCUUUUUUGUAUGUCAUGAAACUUUUUGCCCUACCUGUGUGUUGGGCUAUGAUUUUUUUUUCCUGGCUCCGCCUUCUUGUGAUAUAUUUAAAUUGGCCAAACCGGUCACCACAAGCACAUUUGAUGAAUGAAAGAAAUUGAAUAAAUAAAUUAAUUAUACUUCUUCCUUACCUCUAUAAACAUAGUAUAUUAUGGCUUUGUGGUUCUUUCCUGACUACCACUUGCAUUUUGGGCUGAAUUGUGUGUUAAUCAGCAUCACAAAAUUGCAAUACUUCUAUUAACAAGUGACAUUUUUAUGUGUAUUGUACUGGCCAAUCUCAGACAUUUCAGAUACAACUUGUUGAAAUGAACAGAGGCCAGUCUUUAACAUGAAACAUCAUUCAUCUUUAGUAAGCACUUUAUCCUGGUCACGAUCGUGGUGGUGGAUCCAGGAUCAGUGGGUGUGCGCAGGGAAUACACCCUGUCCAUCUCAGGGCACCACACACCCAUUCACACACUCAUUCACACCUAGGGGAAAUUUAUCAUAGCCAAUCUACAUACCUGCAUGUUUUUUUGAAGGGGGAGGAAACCAGAGAACCUGGAGGAAACCCACAUGGACACAGAGAAUACAUGCACAGAAGCUCCACACCGACAUUAACGCAAGCUCAGGAUUGCACCAGGGACCCUAGACUGAGAGGCAGCAAUGCUACCUGCUGCACCACUGUGCCACCCAUGGGUUAAUCAGUUUGUUUAAAUGUAUUGCUAGAUUUAUCACAAUAUAAUAUAAUGUUUGUCCAUAUUUUGCAGUACUAAUUUCAAUUACUUUAAUACAUUAAUAAACACACAAACAAGUGUUUUUACACUUCUAAGGUUGUAAAACCAAAAACUGACAUAUUUGUAAUUCACUUUUUUCAACUGCAAAUCGGAAGUCCAUGAUACUCUGCUCUCAAUGGAAAUAACAGCUGAGUGGAUAAAGGAAGGAAUAUUUAUAUGAUUAACUUGUUGAAUGCAUCAGAG